AUGGAGAAAGAAACAUAUACAUCCCAAACGAGCAACAAGAGACUUCAAGAAGCUAUUGAAGCCGAUUUACAGGAGAGCGAUGAUAAUGAAUGUUACUUGGCUAUCAUACCUCAUGAUCCAAGUGCAUUGACUGAUGAAGAGAAAGAUGCUGAUGAAGAUAUGGCGGCGUGUUUGAUACCGCCAGAUGUACCUGGUACUAUUGAAGUAUUUAUGAAUCGAGAGGGUAGUGGUGACGAAGAUAUUGUGUACGACGAGAGUGAUGAUGAACUCCUUCUGGCAAAAAAAAAGACGACAAGAUCUAUCUACUCCGAACCCAAACUGGCGGAAAUGUAUCCCUUCAUACUCAGCAGCUUCUCAGAGUACUUCCGAAGUCAGUAA